UGCGUGGAGUAGUGCUUAAGUAGGCUCGAGACGAGAGCGCCGACUCUUCCUCUACGUAACCCUUCAGGACCUAUGUCCGCUUCUUCCGCCCUACGAGGGGCUCACCACAAGCAAGCCCAGGGGGUAUCUAGCUGUAACAACACCAAGGAAACCAUCACGCGUGCCCCCGGGGGGACACCGGCGGAGCUAUGUUCGUCGAGAAAGUGCUCGCUGUACGCGUGACGGCAAUGGAUUCAAUCCUUUUCUCGUUUUGCUUAGCAGACACGGCUGCUGGGCGGGUAUCUACAACCUUGCUUGCUACCGUCCCGUCCAACCCCCUGUGUUCUUAGACAGAGAUGGCUAGAAGUAUAAAACGAGACGGUAGGUUGCUACCAUUGCAUUGUUGACAGCUAUCGUUUUCAGACACUUUUCGUUGCCGGUCCGUGUCUUCAUUUUAUACUAGGGCAGACAUAAAAUCUACGUAUCUCAACAAUAUAAACCAUUUAUGAGGAUAUAACAUUCGUGGCGCUCAUCAACACAAUGGCAACCAUUGUACCCAGAACCCUCCGAGUUGCUCUUUCGUUAAGCGGGCUCUCCAGAGGUACGCCAAGUUUCGCCUUAGGGGGUGCUAUAGUUCGUCGAGUAGCGGGGAUCGUGGCUUUAAGAACACCACAUGUACUUGAGAACCAGCUACGCUUUGCGUCAUCGCAGUCUCCCUCGUCACCCAAGGGUGAUGUUGUUGCACACAGCUUCUCUCCUCCCGCUAAGGGAAUAUUACCCGAAUUCAACCUACGCGGCAAGGUGAUCAUAGUUUCCGGCGGGGCUCAAGGGUUAGGUGUGGUACAAGCGGAAGCACUCCUAGAGGUCGGCGCCACAGUACAUGUGCUUGACCGGCAGUCAGAACCACCGGCUGGUUCACAGUAUCAGAGAAUAGCCCAACGGGCGAGGGACGAGCUAGGUACGGCGGUAUUCUACCACCAGGUAGACGUGCGGACGGGUGUCGACACCCUCAACUCUCUCGUGGAGGAAAUUGCUGAGAGGCAUGGUCGGAUUGACGGCCUUAUCGCGGCCGCGGGGAUUCAGCAAGAGACACCCGCUCUGGAGUACACCGCGGCAGACGCCGACCGCAUGCUAGGCGUUAACGUAACGGGAGUGCUCAUGACAGCGCAGGCAGUAGCCCGUCAGAUGACCCGUUUCGGAUCGAGCGGCAGCCUCGUCUUGAUUGCCAGCAUGAGUGGCACAGUUGCCAAUCGCGGUUUAAUAUGCCCAGUGUACAAUGCAUCAAAGGCAGCCGUGAUACAGCUGGGACGCAACUUAGCGAUGGAGUGGGGCCCCAAGGGGAUCCGCGUGAACACCAUCUCCCCUGGGUACAUCGUGACGGAGAUGGUGCAGAAGCUGUUCAUGCAGUUCCCGGAGCGCGAGACGGAAUGGCCCAAGCAGAACAUGCUGAACGCCCUCAGCAAGCCAGAAGAUUAUCGCGGUGCCGCCGUCUUCUUGCUUAGCGACGCCAGCCGGUUUAUGACGGGAGCAGACCUGCGGAUAGAUGGUGGGCAUGCUGCGUGGUAGAAACAGGAGACGUUCCUCAUCCGGAUCCCGAUGAAAGACGGGUUGCGAGGCCCAAAGAAAAGACAAGACAGGCGGUUUCGUAUAGCGGUGGAGUCUCACGGCAUUUUGAAGGCGAGGAUAUAUUUAAUAUAUCGAACUAUGCAGAUUAAUCCCUUAGCAUCUUUCACCUGUCUACUGCAUAAUAGCUGUUGUUUA